GGGAUUUCACUGCUACCUUGACGCUAGCUGAGAGCCAAAAGCCAACGUAGAGCAGGAGAGCGCGCGCAGCUCCACAGUCGUCGCUGGGAAGCCUCAUCCGCCUCUGGACCGUGUGGAGGUGCUGACAGGAGCCAGCCAGAGAGACUCGGCGACACACACACUCCAUCGGGUCAUGUCAGGACAGAGAAGAGGCGCUGCGUCCCGGCUGCCUAAAUGUGCCUUCUGCAGAACCAACCGAGAGAGCGAGUGUGGGCAGCUGCUUGUUUCCGACAGCCAGAAGGUGGCAGCCCAUCAGAAGUGCAUGCUCUUCUCCUCUGCGCUGGUCUCAUCUCACUCAGAAAGCGAAAGCAUCGGAGGGUUUUGCAUCGAGGAUGUGAAAAAGGAAAUCAAGAGAGGGAAUAAACUGAUGUGCUCCUCGUGUCACCGGCCGGGGGCGACCAUCGGCUGUGACGUGAAGACCUGCAGAAGGACCUAUCACUACUACUGCGCUCUGAAGGACAAAGCUCAGAUUAAGGAGAAUCCACCGCAGGGAAUUUACCUUGUUUACUGUCGCAAACACCGCGAUGCCUCGCAGGAGAUUCCAGACGAUGAAGAGGAGGAGGCCAAUGAUUCCGACGCCUCGACGCCGCAGAGUCGAGGGAGGGGGAGGUUUGAGAAGGGGAGAGCUAAGGUUGGAUCUCGCAGCCAAACAGAAGAGUCUCGCUCCACACCGUCACAAGCGGCGGAGGAAGAGACCCCGUCUCAUCGGGACAGGUCACCUCUUCGAACCGGGGUCGGGGACGGCGGUCAGCGCUGCGGCUUCUGCCACGCAGGAGAGGAGGAGAAUGAAACCCGGGGCGUGCUUCACACAGAUAACUCCAAAAAGGUGGCUGCUCACUACAAGUGUAUGCUGUUUUCAUCUGGAACCGUCCAGCUGACCACCACAUCGCGUGCCGAGUUUGGUAACUUUGACGUCAAAACGGUCAUUCAGGAGAUCAAGAGAGGGAAGAGAAUGAAGUGCACUCUGUGCGCUCAGCUCGGUGCGACUAUUGGCUGUGAAAUCAAAGCCUGUGUGAAGACCUACCACUACCAUUGUGGUCUGGAGGACAAGGCCAAGUUCAUAGAGAACAUGGCACGCGGCAUCUACAAGCUGUACUGUAAAAACCACAGCGGUAAUGAGGAGAGAGAUGAGGAGGACGAGGAGCGGGAGAGCCGCAGUAGAGAAAGAGCGGCCGUGGACCAUGGAGGAACAGGCGGGUCCGUGCAACUCAACGGCAACUAGGAGUUCCGUCCCUCUGGAUGACCUGAAAUGAGGGCAAAUGUUUUUAUACCAGUUGAUACAUCCUCGUUCCAGUCGGUGAAUAUUUGUUGGACUGAACGCACAGGUGACGGCUGCAGUGAAGCUCCAAAGCAAAGCUUCCCCAAACGCAGAAAUGAGUUGAAAUUUGGCCGUUUGAUGAUUUGCAGAAGCCUCUUCGCCCUCCUUCAACAGCGAUUUUCUUCAGUAUGGAGUCUGUUUCUGGUUUCUCCAUUCGAUGUCUUCACGAUGAGAUGAUUUUCUCCUAGUUCUAGUUUACUUUUGUUUCGUCAUGAGACCAGUCACCAGUACGACUGCUGCCAGCAUGCACUUCCACUGUUCAAGGUGGCUUUUUUAUUUCAGCUGCUGAAGGGCAAAGUAGAGCUCUUUAGAGGACUUGGCUUGACUUUGUUCGGUGUACUGUUACUUGUCACUCUACCAAUGUACCCACCAAUGAUUGAAGAAUAGAAAAUAUUUUAUUUUACACUUUUA